CUAAUCUUUUAUUUUGUUUUCUCUUUCUUUUCUCUCUUGUUUUUGUUUGGAAAUACAAAGUAUGACAUUUCCAUCUUAUGUUAUUGCGAUUAUAAUCAUUGCGGUGAUAUUAGCAGUGUCCACAUCUGUCUAUUUCAUAUUUAGAAAAAGAAAAGGUGGAUCAGUUGGUGCAGUUGAGCACCAGAGCGAUGAAUAUAGCAUAUCUGAGAAAAACGAGACCUCUCCGUAUACAGACAGACACUUGGUGCAACACAAUAAUAAUAUUGAUACAACAAGCACGUUACAAGACAGCCAAACAUCAUCUACACCCACCAUUCCUAUUACACCAGCAACAGCAUAUGAAAAACAUAACAUGGCUUAUGAAAACAAUGAUAUUAUCAGAUCAGCUCCUGUGGAAGACGACACUUCAUCCGUAUGGACAGCCUCAGAUAAUCCCAUCACACCUGCAGAUCUUAAAAUAUCUUUACCUUUACCUCCUCCAAAUUCAUCCUUCUUCUCCGAUAAAAUGGAACUGGAUUCAGUCGAAGCCAAUGAUUUGUAUGCGUCUUACAUGAACGUGGCUGCAGCUCAACAGGAUUAUGUAUCCAUUGAUUUGGACGAAAAGCCGUUUUUGUCCAAUGCAGCAGCCAAUAUUCAGCAAAAGGCAGCUACACUCCGUACAAAUCUUUGUCAAUCCUUACGUCGAAAAUCAACGAGUGGCGGCGUUCCCAAAAUAGCUUUGAACCAAUUCUUUGAUGCCAAUAAUGUGAGUAACAGCAGUCUUAAAUCCCCCCGUCCAGAAAGUACCCGCAUGAGUCGACAGUCUUCUUCGACAUCUUCUAGAUUUCCACGUCCAUCCCUGCAGCAAACUAAUAUACCACCAUCGCCAAGGCCCGAUUCACCAGCCGCUGAAUUCUUUGGCAAAUUUGGCAACAACAGUAAAAAGUCGUUGGUGCCAUCAGAGGAACUGAAUAGCAGCAAUAAGACAAUGAUCGAAAAUAUACCACCUGAAUCUUAUUUCAGUCUACCAUUGUCUCCUACUACAUCUUCUCCCCUUGUAAUGAGGCCGACAAUACAACAACAGCAAGACAGUCAAUUUGAACUUACUGGGAUGAGAACAACUAUUUUACAGCAGCAGCAGCAACAACAACAGCAGCAACAGGAGAGUCAACAAGAGAUUAUUGGAAUGAGGCCAACAAUUAAGCAGCAACAAGACAAGCAAUUGGAACAGAAACAAGCAUUAAAUCAAAAACAGCAGGAUGUUUAUUCCUCCAUGAUUCAAGAUAUUAACAAUACUCAGGAAAUUGAAGAAAGCGACGAAGAAGAACCAGAUAAAGAGGAUGCAGCAAAACAAGAGGAUGCGGCAUUAGCAGCACGACGUUUAAUUCGAUCUGCCUCACGUAAAUCUCGCACACGAUCAACACUCAUUACAGACGAGGCAGCACAAGCCAUGUUCGCCCUGAUAGCCAGUAGUACACCAUCACCUUCGGAACCCAUUGUUACAGCCAAAUAUGCUACACUCCGAAAACACAAUAUGGAGAUUGAUACAGCAUCUAUUCAACGUAACAAUAGUCAUGUUGACUCAUCCUUGGAUAUUCAAAAAUGGUCUAUGAAUGAACCACCAAAAUCUCCUGGUCCCAAAAGAGCCAUCAUGAGUUCAACAGUAUCCGGAUCAGCCACAGUUUCGGGAAAGAGAAUGGCAAAAAAUCAGCAGUUAAAUGCAUUCAACAAAAGCAGUGAAGAUCUACUCAAAAGCGAUUUGAAAAGUGCAACAUUGGGAAGAAAGAAGUCAGCAGAGACAACAAGUAGUGGACCCAAAUCGCUUCGAAAUCUGUUUACAAGGCCUUCCGCAGAUGAUAAAAGUAGUAUUGUAUCAAUACCAAGUGUAGCCUCUACUUCUAAAAAGCAAAUAGAGGACGAAGUGGAAGAGCAAGAAGAAGUGGAAGCGGAGGAAGAUGUACAAAGUGCCAUACAAAGCAUAAGUGAUGUUGAUACAGCAACCCCUAACUCUCCUAUCACAUCUACAGAGCCAUCUCCUUAUUCAUCCAAAAAUAAUACAGUGCGAAAAAUGGGAAAUAAUGUCGACACGAUUCGUCGUAUGCUUCAGUCGUCGUGGAGUGGGAAUAAUUUAAAGGAGAGUGGAUCAAGCAAUAGUCUAUCAUCUUCUUCGGAUUAUAUGGGUAGCGUAGGAUCAAGUUAUCGACCGGUUGCAUCACCUUUGGGCAGUGUUAACCCACGUAUGCAAAAUCAACAUUUGGUUUCACUAUCCUUAAAGGCGACAGCAACACAACAGGGACGCAAUCGACCGUCAAUGCCGAUUGGGUUUAUGAAUGACGAAGAGGGGCCAAUGCCAACCGCAUCAUUUUCAUCAUCCACAGUACGUACAAUGAUCCCUGCAGAUGAGGAAGAAGUGGACCGGUCUAGAUUGAAGCCAAAAUCAUCUGUCAUGGGUAACAUACUUGGAUCACGACAGCCAAGGCAACCAUCAAAAUUAGGGGACCGAAAGGGCCCUAUCCAUACUAACAAUAAAAAGCAGCCUCCCGGAAAAAAGACACCGGCUCAAAUAGAGCGGGAAAAAUACCUCAAGUCAUCAUCAAAAACAUAAAUUCUAAUUCAUUCUGAACCAUUAACUUAAUUAAAAUACGAUAAUAAAAU